CAAAUGUUUGCCAACAAAGAAACUUAAUUGUUGACUUUUAAUUUAAUUUUAUUCGUUUGAGUUAAAUGACCAUUAAAAGAGAUGAAGUUAUUAAGUAAUUUAAAUAUCUGUUGGUCAACUAAUUGAAAUGUUUCUAUGAAAUAUGUCAAGACAAUUUUGUGUUUCUUGUUUAUGGGUCAAUUGAUUUCUCGUUUUCUAUGCUUUUAAUUAAUUGUAACUUUUUAAAUUAUCUUUGGGUUGAUUUGUUUUUAGAAAAAUCUCGCAGACAAAAUGAUUGUUUGGACUGUUGAUUGGCGUUCAAUUGGAAUCAAUGAAACUGGAACGGGACUCGCUGUCUUCUUGGAUCAUCGGACAGAAUAUUGGAAAGACUCAGGCCUCAAACUUGAUCCGGUUCUGUUUCAAAUCAAUUUACCUUUUUAUAUGGAAUCAGAACAAUGGUGGAAAUCACAUGAUAAAGAUAACGACCUGUCGAUUUCAAGUCGUCAGAGUUACGUUGCCAAUCUAUCGCUCAAGGAGAGAAAUCUUUUCGCUUGGAUCAGAAAUCAAAUCAAUCCUCUAAUAAUCGAAACCAAAGAAGACAACUCGUUAGCGAAAAACAAAGCCAAGAAAAUUCAUCUUCGAUCGUCUGGAAUAAAUAAUUUAGCCGAAGAAAAGAUUCUCUGUAAUCUGGCAAAUAAUCCAAUACUCGUGAACAUCGCCUUCCAAGAUUAUCUAAUCCCAAGACAAAGUUGUUUCGCCAUUUGUGACGUUAAUGCUGCUCUCAGCCUGUUUCUUAAAAAUCUUAUCAACAUCAAAGGGAUUAUCACGGACGAAGAGAAAUUUUUAAUCAUAAUCGAUCCUCCCUGGGAAAACAAAUCAGUCAAAAGGAGGCGAAACUAUGAAACUGCAGGAUCGACGGAAAUAAUUCAAACCUUUCAACUUCUUAACAAAAUCUGUUCGCUGUUAAUAAAUCGCCAUCAACUGGACAUUCGCAUAGUUUUAUGGACAACGGAGAAGCAAAAAUCAUUAUGUCUCGAACAACUUUUGCCCAUAAUAGAAAUGAAACUCGAAGCUUGUCUUCUCUGGCAUAAGAUCACAAAUUCUUGGGAGAGCAGUAAAGUUCGUGGUGGUCGUGAAUAUCUACUGAUCGCUUCACCCAAUGGAGCCGAAAAGCCCCUCGAUGGUGUUUUCGUCUCAAAGCCAAGUGCAAUUCACUCACACAAACCACCGAUCGGAUUUGAUUUUCCAUGGUUACAACAAUCUCAAAAUAAUUAUCUCGAAGAACCCGAAAGAUUAAUAAUCAAUCGGCAACCGCUUUACGAUGACAGAUUCACUCAACUACGAGGAAUUGAAUUAUACGCUCGAUACUUGAGGCCAAAUUUCCUUUCUAUUGGCUUCGAAUGUAUUAAACUCCAAGCCUAUGAAUUAUUUGCAUUCGAAUAGGCAAAUCAUCAUCGGCUGAGUGACACUCAUCUUCAUCUGUGAUCAUAUUUAUUUAACAAUUUUUCGUCAAUUUUUAACAGCUUUUUUACUUAAUCUCAAUUUUAUACUCGUAUUUUGAUUUUCAUUGACAAUUAAAUUAAAUGACUUUGUUUAAAAUAACUGUUGAUUUAAUUGUAACUUGAUUGUAUUUUAUUAUCAAUGGUAAAUAAAAGUCUUGAAACAAGA